CUUGUGUUGCAGCAGAGUUGCCUUCAGGUGGCCUUGUGCCACUUCUCAGGCUGGAAAAGGACAAGAUGUCACUAUAGUGUCUCCAAGAGUGGCAGUGCUCUGGCACCUUUGUUCUAUUCCCAAGAGCAGGGAGGGAAUGGCUGGUGACAAAGUGCAUGCUGGAGGGCUGCACUGUAUCAUCAUAAUGGACUGCUGUGCCAGUACAGGUGCUCAUUUUAUCACACUGGAUUAGGGCUUUAGUGCUCACACAGUUUAAACAUUAAUAUUUGCCUAUUUAAGCCACAGGCACCAGCUCAGCCUGCUCACAGAAGUGCUCACCAUGGCUGAGUUUGGAGAUCUUUUAUGUGCUCUGGGGGAGUGUGGGCUCUAUCAGAAACUGCUGACCCUGCUCCUCUCCCUCCCAUUACUUCUCAAUCCAUUCCAAAUGGUUGGCCAAGUGUUCAUGGUUGUGAACGUGCCUCACCACUGUGAUACCAGCUGGAUCCGCGCCGUCGGCCCCAACCUGACGGAGGAAGAGCAGCUGAACCUCACCCUGCCCCGGGGCACGGACGGGGAGUUUGAGCAGUGCUCCAUGUACUCCCCAGUGGACUGGGACCUCCAGUCCAUCGUGGCCUAUGGGCUGAAUGACACCGAGAAGUGCAUCAAUGGCUGGGUGUACCCCUCAGAUCAGCCACCGUCCCUGCUCACCGAGUUUGACCUGGUGUGUGACAGGAUGGUCCUGAAUGAUGUCUCCCAGUCCAUCUACAUGGCUGGGCUUCUCAUAGGAGCCAUGGGCUUUGGGAUGCUGAGUGACAGGAUAGGCAGGCGGCCAGUCUUUCUCAUCUGCAUCUUCCUCCAGAGUGUGUUUGGCCUGGGAACGGCCUUUGUGCCCCAUUUCUAUGUGUACAUGGCCUUCAGGUGUGUCGUGGGAGCUGCGGUAUCAGGAAUUAUGAUUACAGUCGUAUCCCUGAUUACAGAAUGGGUUGGUGUCGCUUACCGGACAAAGGCACUGCUAAUGACUCACACGGCCUUCGCCAUCGGGCAGAUGAUGGUGGCUGGUUUGAGUUAUGGGAUUCGCAACUGGAGGCUGCUGGAAAUUGUAGGAUCUGCUCCUAUGUUUGCCCUUUUCUUCUUCAUCUGGGUGCUCCCAGAGUCAGCUCGCUGGCUGGUGACCAAAGGCAGAAUCGAGGAAGCCAAGAAGGUUCUGCAGAAGGCGGCAGCCAUCAACAAGCGCAGCCUCCCACCAGAGCUCCUGGAGCAGCUGAAGCCUGAGAAAGAGGUUAAGUCUGGAAGUUUCCUGGAUCUCUUUCGGAAGAACCUGCGGAAGGUGACUUUAAUCAUGUCAUGUGUCUGGUUUGCAGACAGCAUUGUCUACUAUGGGCUGAGUCUCAGCGUUACAGAUUUUGGCAUGGACAUCUACCUGACACAGCUGGCCUUUGGAGCAGUGGAGCUUCCAGCUCGAAUUUCCUGCAUAUUCCUGCUGGACUGGUUUGGGAGGAAGAAAGUACAGGGCAUUCUGCUGCUGCUGUCUGGCGUGUUAUGUCUCAUCCUCACUGGCAUCCCUGAAGACCAGCCCAUGGCAACCACUGUCCUGGCCAUCAUUGGCAAGUUCACAUCCACCGCCGCUUUCUCCACCUCCUACGUCUACGCUGCUGAGGUCUUCCCCACCAUCCUCAGGCAGACAGGUGUGGGGCUGUGCUCGACCAUGGCGAGGGUGGCCGGGAUCCUGGCCCCGCUGAUCAUUCCCUUGGACCAGUACCACCGGGCCAUCCCCAUGGCCAUCUUUGGGAGCAUCCCUGUGGUGGUAGCCCUGUUCUGCAUCCUGCUCCCCGAGACCCGUGGCACUGACCUGGCAGAUGACACAGGGAACGACCAACCUCCAGCUCAGGAGCAGAAAACUGAAGAGUUUCUCUGAGACACCAGAGAUGAUGACAGAGACCUGGAGAAAGAUGUCUGCAGAUGCUCAGAGAGCAAGUGAUGACUGGACAGGCAUCUACUGACAGUCUAGUCUGAUUCCAUCAUUCUUGAAGCAGACCAGGGAGGCAUUGCUGCCUGGAAACUGGUCUUUCAGAUGAUAAACUCAAUACCCACAGUCACAGGGAGAGGAAAUCUGUAUCACAGAUUUGGAACAGAUGCACUUCCAAGUGUCCCUGAAACCCAGUUUGGUCAUGCCUGGCUGGCCUCCCAACGUGUUCCCCAGUCCUUUGCAAGCUGGUACCCGUGGAACCAUCCCUGUCGUGUUUUACAGCAAUAAAGAAUCACCAGUAGAGUGGCUGUACUGGGCAAAAGCGGGCGCUGGGUUUGUCCCUCCUGCACUAAAUCCCUUGGGUCGUCGGGCUGCGCGCCAGCCCAAGCCUCGACGUUUGAUCAGGAUGUCACUGCACCCCUGUCACACACCUAUUUAGCUUUUCUUUCCAUGUGGUGUUGAAGUUGAGUUUCUACAUGAAUAAUAUAAAUUAUGCUCUGAGUUUGAUAAGAGACACUUGUAAUGCAAUAUGUGAAUAAUAAAUGGUGUUGACUCUUUUUUUUUCC